CCUUUCUUCUUAUCUGAUCCUGGGCGCCUGGCAGGAGGGAAGCGCUGGAGAGGACGCAGCUCCGGGCUGCACAGAGUGGGAGCUGGAGUGGGAGAGGAUGAAAGAGAGGGAGAGGGAGAGAAGAGGCUAAUUAACAGGGGGCACAACGCGGGAAGCAAGCGAGAGCCGUGCGCCGCCAAGAACCAACUUGCGGCGAACUUGGAUCCUACCUAGGCGUCGAGAGGUCCCCAUCUUGGGCUAGAACAUUCCCCUGCACAGGACUGCUGCUGCAUCCCAUGUGAAAAGCAGAGGAUAAAAUGAAGAUUUCUCAGUGCAACAUGCAAAACUGGCCGUUUCCAGCUCUGCUGGUCAUUUCUUAUUUUUGCGCCAUUGUCCAGGGUCAAGUGGCCCCACCCACACGGUUAAGAUAUAAUGUAUUAUCUCAUGACAGUAUACAGAUUUCAUGGAAGGCUCCAAGGGGGAAAUUUGGUGGAUACAAACUUCUUGUGACUCCAGCUUCAGGUGGCAAAACUAAUCAGUUGAAUCUCCAGAACACUGCAACUAAAGCAAUUAUUCAAGGUCUUAUGCCGGACCAGAACUACACGGUUCAAAUUAUUGCAUACAAUAAAGACAAAGAAAGCAAGCCAGCCCAAGGUCAAUUCAGAAUUAAAGAUUUGGAAAAAAGAAAGGAACCAAAACCCAGAGUCAAGGUUGUGGAUAAAGGAAAUGGGAACAAACCAUCUCCAACUGAAGAAGUGAAGUUUUUCUGUGAAACUCCAGCCAUUGCUGAUAUUGUGAUCCUGGUUGAUGGUUCAUGGAGUAUUGGAAGAUUCAACUUCAGACUGGUUCGGCUUUUCUUGGAGAACCUGGUGACAGCCUUCAACGUGGACUCAGAGAAGACACGAAUUGGUCUUGCACAGUAUAGCGGCGACCCCCGAAUAGAAUGGCACUUGAAUGCCUUCAGCACAAAAGAUGAGGUCAUCGAAGCGGUCCGAAAUCUACCCUAUAAGGGAGGAAAUACACUAACAGGUCUUGCUUUGAACUACAUUUUUGAAAAUAGCUUUAAACCAGAAGCAGGAGCAAGGACUGGAGUGUCCAAAAUUGGCAUUUUAAUCACAGAUGGAAAGUCCCAAGAUGAUAUUAUUCCACCAUCUAGAAACCUCCGUGAAUCUGGUGUAGAACUCUUCGCCAUAGGGGUGAAAAACGCAGAUGAGAACGAACUGCAGGAGAUCGCCUCUGAACCAGACAGCACUCAUGUCUACAAUGUUGCCGAAUUUGACCUGAUGCACACAGUUGUGGAGAGCCUGACGAGGACUGUCUGCUCCCGGGUGGAAGAACAGGACAGGGAGAUCAAAGCCUCAGCUCUUGCCACCAUUGGGCCGCCUACAGAGCUGAUUACUUCUGAAGUCACUGCCAGAAGCUUUAUGGUUAACUGGACUCAUGCCCCAGGAAAAGUGGAAAAAUACAGAGUCGUGUAUUAUCCUGCCAGGGGUGGAAAACCAGAGGAGGUGGUGGUGGAUGGAAGUGUGUCUUCCACGGUGUUGAAAGGCUUAAUGUCUUUAACUGAAUAUCAGAUAGCAGUCUUCGCAAUAUAUGCUCACACGGCCAGUGAAGGCUUACGGGGAACCGAAACCACACUUGCUUUACCCAUGGUUUCUGAUCUUGAACUAUAUGAUGUAACCGAGACCAGUCUGAGGGCAAAAUGGAAUGCAGUGCCUGGAGCAUCGGGAUACCUGAUUCUCUAUGCUCCUCUCACGGAGGGUCUGGCUGGGGAUGAAAAAGAGAUGAAAAUUGGAGACACCCACACAGAUAUUGAACUGAGUGGGUUGAUGCCCAAUACGGAGUACACAGUUACAGUUUAUGCCAUGUUCGGAGAAGAGGCCAGCGAUCCUGUCACAGGCCAAGAAACUACACUGCCUUUAAGUCCACCAAGAAACCUGAGAAUCUCCAAUGUUGGCUCGAACAGUGCUCGGUUAGCCUGGGACCCAACGUCAAGAAAGAUCAGUGGUUAUCGAAUUGUAUAUAACAAUGCAGAUGGCACGGAAAUUAAUGAGGUUGAAGUCGAUCCUGUUACUACCUUCCCUCUGAAGGGCUUGACGCCGCUCACGGAGUACACUGUGGCCAUUAUCUCUAUCUAUGAUGAGGGGCAGUCGGAGCCUCUGACUGGAAUUUUUACCACGGAGGAGGUUCCAGCCCAGCAAUACUUGGAAAUCGAUGAGGUGACGACAGAUAGUUUCAGAGUGACCUGGCAUCCCCUUUCGGCUGAUGAAGGGCAGCACAAGUUGAUGUGGAUUCCAGUCUAUGGUGGGAAUACUGAAGAAGUUCUCCUAAAAGAAGACCAAGACUCACAUGUUAUUGAAGGCCUGGAGCCCGGCACUGAAUAUGAAGUGUCGCUCUUGGCCAUAAUGGAUGAUGGGAGCGAGAGUGAGGUGGUAACCGCUGUGGGGACCACACUUGACAGUUUUUGGACCGAACCAUCUACGACCAUAGCCCCCACCAGCCCUGUGACGUCAGUUUUCCGAACAGGAAUCAGAAACCUGGUUGUAGAUGACGAAACCACUUCUAGCCUGCGGGUAAAAUGGGACAUUUCAGACAGCAGCGUGCAGCAGUUCAGGGUGACCUACCUGACUGCUCAAGGGGACCAUGCGGAAGAAGUGGUUAUGGUGCCUGGGAGCCAGAACAAUCUCCUUCUGAAGCCUCUGCUUCCCAAUACCGAGUACAAAGUCACGGUGACUCCCAUCUACGAUGAUGGAGAAGGUGUCAGCGUCUCUGCCCCUGGAAAAACCUUGCCGCCCUCUGGUCCCCAAAACUUACGAGUCUCAGAAGAAUGGUAUAACAGGUUGCGCAUUACAUGGGAUCCCCCACCUUCCCCCGUAAAGGGCUAUAGGAUUGUCUACAAACCUGUUAGUGUUGCUGGCCCGACCCUGGAAACUUUUGUGGGAGCUGACAUUAACACCAUUCUUAUCACAAACCUCCUCAGCGGAAUGGACUACAAUGUGAAAAUAUUUGCCUCCCAGGCCUCAGGCUUCAGCGACGCUCUGACGGGCGUGGUGAAAACAUUGUUCUUGGGUGUGACCAAUCUUCAAGCAGACCAGAUUCAAAUGACCAGCUUGUGUGCUCGGUGGCAGGUGCAUCGUCAUGCUACUGCCUAUAGGGUGGUUAUAGAAUCGCUCCAGGACACAAAAAAGCAAGAAUCCACUGUGGGUGGAGGGACAACCAGGCAUUGCUUCUAUGGACUUCAGCCUGAUUCAGAAUAUAAAAUCAGUGUUUACACAAAGCUUCAGGAGAUCGAGGGACCCAGUGUGAGCAUAAUGGAAAAAACACAGUCACCUCCUACUCAACCACCUACUUUUCCUCCGACCAUUCCACCAGCAAAAGAAGUAUGCAGAGCUGCCAAGGCAGACCUGGUAUUUAUGGUGGAUGGAUCCUGGAGUAUUGGAGAUGAAAAUUUCAAUAAGAUCAUUAACUUUCUGUAUAGCACUGUUGGAGCCCUGAACAAGAUCGGUGCUGAUGGAACUCAAGUUGCAAUGGUUCAGUUCACUGAUGACCCCAGAACAGAAUUUAAACUAAAUGCCUACAACACCAAAGAGACCCUUCUUGAUGCAAUUAAACGUAUUUCAUACAAAGGAGGAAAUACAAAAACAGGAAAAGCAAUCAAGCAUGUCCGAGAUAGUUUGUUCACUGCAGAGUCAGGGACCAGAAGAGGUAUCCCAAAGGUCAUCGUGGUUAUAACUGAUGGCAGGUCACAAGAUGAUGUGAACAAAAUCUCCGGGGAGAUGCAAUCAAAUGGUUACAGCGUCUUUGCAGUUGGUGUGGCUGAUGCAGAUUACUCAGAGUUGGUUAGCAUUGGCAGCAAGCCCAGUUCACGGCAUGUCUUCUUUGUGGAUGACUUUGACGCCUUUAAGAAAAUUGAAGAUGAGUUGAUUACUUUUGUCUGCGAAACCGCUUCAGCAACCUGCCCGCUGGUGUACAAGGAUGGCGUAGAUCUUGCAGGAUUUAAGAUGAUGGAAAUGUUUGGUUUGGUUGAGAAGGAUUUUUCAUCUGUGGAGGGGGUUUCCAUGGAGCCUGGUACCUUCAAUGUGUAUCCCUGUUACCGAAUUCAUAAAGAUGCCCUGGUUUCCCAGCCAACCAAAUAUUUGCAUCCAGAAGGAUUGCCCUCUGACUACACAAUGAGUUUUCUAUUCCGGAUUCUUCCUGACACUCCAGAGGAGCCAUUUGCUCUUUGGGAGAUUUUAAAUAAAAAUUCUGACCCAUUGGUUGGAGUCAUUUUAGAUAAUGGUGGUAAAACCUUAACAUAUUUCAACUAUGACUACAGUGGGGAUUUUCAAACUGUUACUUUUGAAGGACCUGAGAUUAGGAAAAUUUUCCAUGGUAGCUUUCACAAGAUACACAUUGUUGUCAGCAAGACUUUGGUCCAAGUGGUUAUUGACUGCAAGCAUGUGGCUGAGAAGGCAAUAAAUGCCUCAGCUAAUAUCACGUCAGAUGGUGUUGAAGUCCUGGGAAGAAUGGUCAGAUCAAGGGGACCAAAUGGAAACUCUGCACCAUUCCAGUUACAGAUGUUUGAUAUUAUCUGUUCCACAUCAUGGGCCAAUAGAGACAAAUGCUGUGAACUUCCAGGCCUGAGGGAUGAGGAGACUUGCCCAGAGCUACCACAUUCCUGCUCCUGUUCUGAAGUCAAUACCGGGACUCUGGGACCAGCAGGCCCACCAGGUGGUCCAGGACUCCGAGGACCAAAGGGCCAACGAGGUGAACAGGGUCCAAAGGGACCAGAGGGCCCUCGAGGUGACACAGGCCCUCCAGGACCCCAGGGUCCCCCUGGACCCCAAGGACCAAGUGGUCUGUCCAUUCAAGGAAUGCCUGGAAUGCCGGGUGCUAAAGGAGAAAAAGGAGAGACUGGCCUUCCUGGCCCACAGGGUAUCCCGGGAAGCAUUGGUUCACCAGGACGCGAUGGCUCUCCAGGCCAGAGGGCACAAACCUAA